AUGAGCGCCCAAUUGUGCGACAAACGCAAGCUGAAUAUGGUCGAGAUGAAUACUGGAUAUGGCACUGUCGUGCGUCGACCAAAGCCCAACCGAGUUCACCAUUGUCUGGCCUUGGCACACGAAGCCUGUGUGGUCGAGCAGGAUCACAUAAUGAAUAUUCGUCCCGCUUGCAUCGAUCUGUACUGCCAUCGAUACCACCCACGAACCAUUCAGGGCUUCUUGAACGACGAUAAAAUGCGCGAACCAGCGGUCCUAUCGUCCGGUGUCACGUUUCAUUCCCCGACUGGAGACGAAGAAGCAAGACGAAACCCGUUGUUGCAUGCGUUUCUUGUUACGAGAUCUUUCGGAUUGGUUGCUCGAGCUGUGAUACCUGGAGGUACCAAUCAGAUGGUCCGUGUGGCCCUUGGUGCAAUCCCUUCAGUCCGUCGUCCAGCUGAACACUGGGCAAUCCAUCUCAAGCUUUGCCUUGUUGGUGAUCAACAGCAUAGUAUGUUAGUAAAUUUUGUUUACUGGCCAUUGCGAGACAGUCGAUGCACGUGUGUCAGUGAAGUCGCAAGUCAUGAAGAGCAGAGUUUGUUUCCCAGUCAUUUUCACGCAACGGCGUCACAGAGCGAAUAUUCGUGUGGUCUUCGUGGGUGA